GACGCUGUUGCCAGGACAACCCAAACAAUGAGCAGAAUCUUUCUGUAACUGAAGGCCAGACCAAGAAGUUUCCAGAAGUUGUAUAGCUUUAUUUUCCCCCUCCAUUGUAAACCACCAUGAUUCCUCCAGCUGACUCGUUGCUGAAAUACGACAGUCCAGUUUUGCUCACUAAAAACACAGACAGAAAAUCACCAAAGGGACGCCCUUUGAAACUAAGCUCUCAGCAGCCUCUUGACGCUACACCUGUCCCACCACCUCCUAAACUAUACUCGGCUUCUACUGAGGCUGCCAACCAGGAGAAUAAAGAAAUCCUCGACAUCAUCCUCCCGCCCAGAGAAUGGACAGAGGGAAACCAAGUGUGGGUGCAGCCAGUGUCCAGCGCACCUUGUACAAGAACAGAUGUGUUGCACUUAGAGGAACGCCUAGAUAAAAAACUGCAGCAAAGACAGGCCAGAGAAACGGGUAUCUGCCCUAUCCGCAGGGAGCUCUAUUCCCAGUGUUUUGAUGAAUUAAUCAGACAGGCAACCAUCAGCUGUGCUGAGAGGGGUAUCCUGCUGUUGCGGGUUAGAGAUGAGAUUCAAAUGACUAUCACUACCUACCAGACGCUGUAUGAAAGCAGCACAGCCUUUGGCAUCAGGAAAGCACUGCAGGCUGAGGAGGGCAAGGCUGACAUGGAAAAAAGAAUUUUGGAACUAGAAAAUGAGAAUCGAGAAUUGAAGAAGCAGCUGGACGAAGAGAAAAAUAAACGUGAUGCUGUUGAGAAGAGAGAAGCUGAAAGACAAAAGGCGGAGGAAAAGAGGGACAACGAGGAGAUUGAGUACCUGAAGAGAACCAACAAACAGCUUAAGGCCCAACUGGAAAGGAUAAUUGCACCAAAGAAGUGAAAAAG